AUCAUUAAAAUCCUCUUUACAAUUGUAACAAGACAGAUUCUCAAUAUGGCAUGUUUAAUUUCAAUAGAAUGAAUCACUAGGCUAUAAAUUAAGGAUAAAGUUAAAAUAGUGAAUAUAUAUAUAGACAUUUUUAUAUACUCCAAAAGUCUGAUCAUCAUUUUGCGUGAAGACAAGGGAUUCCCCCACACUUCCUUUUUUGCAGCAAUAUAAACCCAGAGACAACAUCAUUCAGUUUCAGUAGACACCAGCCGACCACAGCCAACACAGACUCAAGAUGCCUUUCAAGCCACACUACCUGUUGGUCUCCCUGACUCUCUGCUGGUUCGUGGCUCUUCAAGCAUUCCCCAUGAACGGCUGUGCUGUAUGUCAGAAGUGUCGCUGCAUCCGAACGUCCUCUGCUUUCAUCUCUCCUAGGCUGUUCCACAGGAUAGAGAUCCUACCUCCAGGUGCCCACUGUCGUCAAACAGAGAUCAUCAUUACCAAGAAGGACAAAGCCACCGUCUGUGUGACUCCAGAUGCACGAUGGAUCAACAAAGUCAUUACCAAGUUACAAAGUAGCAACAAGAAGAAGAGAAGUGCAGAACUUCCCCAUCUCAACCACCAUUGAGUGAAUUGGAACAGGAAUGUAUCAAGUUGGAGCUAAAUGGAAAUGUGACACCAAUGUGAUACCAAUGUAAUACCAAUGUAAUACCAAUGUAAUACCAAUGUAAUACCAAUGUGAUACCAAUGUAAUACCAAUGUAAUACCAAUGUAAUACCAAUGUGAUACCAAUGUAAUACCAAUGUAAUACCAAUGUAAUACCAAUGUAAUACCAAUGUGAUACCAAUGUAAUACCAAUGUAAUACCAAUGUGAUACCAAUGUAACACCAAUGUGAUACCAAUGUAAUACCAAUGUGAUACCAAUGUAAUACCAAUAUAAUACCAAUGUGAUACCAAUGUAAUACCAAUGUGAUACCAAUGUGAUACCAAUGGAUUCUAUUCAAAUAUGAUUCCAAUACCAAGUGAAUUAUUUGAUGUUAAAUGAUCUCAGUAUGUAUUGUUAGGUUGUUAUUGUUCAGAGUAAAUAACCCACGGACACUAGA